UCCUGGAGGAGGUAAUUCCCUGCUUGCCCUGGAUCCCAGGUGCCCAAUCCCAUCCCUUUCCCAUCCUGGAGAAGGUAAUUCCCUGCUUGCCCUGGAUCCCAGGUGCCCAAUCCCAUCCCUUUCCCAUCCUGGAGAAGGUAAUUCCCUGCUUGCCCUGGAUCCCAGGUGCCCAAUCCCAUUCCUUUCCCAUCCUGGAGAAGGUAAUUCCCUGCUUGCCCUGGAUCCUAGGUGCCCAUUCCCAUCCUGGUCCCAUCCUGGAGGUUUGGGGGUGCAAGAGGCUCUGGCACAGGCACCAUUCCUGGGCUCUGGGAAGUUCUCUGGGCAGAGGGAAGCUCCUGCCUCUCAGAUUCCAGGAUUGUCCCACAAAGCGGGGCUUUGAGGAGGAAUUUCAUCCAGGAAAAGGGGUCUGGCUGUGGGGAAUCCCCAGGGACAGGUGACAAGUCUGAGCUCCACCUCCGGAGUGUCUGUGUCCCAGUAUGGGGUGUGACAGCCAUGUUCCUGUCCCCAUCCCAUUCCCUGUCAUUCCCUGCCCUCCCAGGGCAGGGAACGUGGUCAUGGAUCACUGAGGGGUGCCCAGUCUCCCCCGUGGCUCCUUGUUCCCCACCCACUGCCUCCCCUGAUGCCCCUUUCCCCCUCCACAGGACCAUGCCCUGGAGCAAUUUCCCCAUGGAAAAAGGACACUUAUUCCGGCUGCCCUCAGCUCUCAACAGGACGAAUUCCGACUCGGCGCUGCACACGAGCGUGAUGAACCCCGCGCCCCAGGACGCCUACCUGGGCCCCUCCCAGGCCGGGCCCCCCCCUGGACGCCGAGCUGGUUUCCUGGAUGGGGACUCGGACAGCAAAGUGUUUCUUUUCCAAGUGCCUCCCAUCGAAGAGAACUUCGAUGACAACAAGCACUCGCUGAAGCCCUGGGACACCAAGAAGCUCUCGUCCUCCUCGGCCCGGCCACGCUCCUGCGAGGUCCCGGGAAUCCACAUAUUCCCAUCCCCGGAUCAACCUGCCAACGUGCCCCUCAUGCCCUCGGCCCUCAACACGGGGGGGUCCCUGCCUGACCUGACCACGCUGCACUUCCCGUCCCCCCUGCCCACCCCCCUGGACCCUGAGGAGGCCCCGUACCCCCCCCUGAGCGGGGGCAGCAGCACCUCCAACCUGGCCACCACCAUGACCCACCUGGGCAUCAGUGGCACCGGCGGCGUCGGGCUGGGCUACGACCCCCCAGGACUCCCCUCACCUCUGCAGAGCUCCCUGAGUAACCCGUCCCUGCAGUCCUCCCUGAGCAAUCCCAACCUCCAGGCCUCCCUGCGCAGCCCCUCGCUCCAGGCCUCCCUCAGCAACCCCUCGCUCCAAUCCUCCCACAGCAGCUCCUCCAUCCCCUCCUCUCUCUCCAACCAGUCCCUGCCUUCCUCCCUGUCCUCCUCGCUCUCCAACCCCUCGCUGCCCACGUCCCCCCGCAGCCAGCCCCUCCAGUCCUCGCCCAGCAACCCCAGCCUGCCCUCGGGGCUGGGCGGCUCCUUCGCGGCCACCUCGCCCCGCCGGCGCGUCCCGCUCAGCCCCCUGUCCCUGCCCGUGGCCGGCGACUGCAGACGGCAGCACCCCAAACAGUUCUCACCAACAAUGUCACCCACAUUGUCCUCCAUCACCCAGGGCGUCCCCCUGGACACCAGCAAGCUGCCGGCGGAGCAGCGGCUCCCGCCGUACCCCUACGGCCAGCCGGGAAUGCUGCUGGGCUCCCAGCCCCCCCCGCGGGCCCCCGCGCCCCCCCCGCGCCCCUACAACCCCCCCUACGCCCCCGGCACCCCCCUGGGGCAGCCCCUGGCACAGCCCCCCGGCGACUUCGGCCUGGGCAGCCUGGAGCAGUUCGGGAUCGGGGAGAGCCCCCCUGGGAACAGCGGAGGGUUCCCCGAGGAGUUGGGGGCCCUGAGUUACCCCCCGAGCGAGGGGGGCUACGACCCCCCCGGCCUGAACCGCCCAAACCUGAGCAACUGCAGCCGCCACGGCCCCAUCCCCAACAUCAUCUUCACAGGCGACUCCCCCCCCGGGCUGUCCAAGGAGAUCGCCACGGCGCUGGCGGGGGUCCCGGGCUUCGAGGUGGAGGGGGGGUCCCUGGGGGGGCUGGGGGGGCUGGAGGAGGAGCUGCGCAUCGAGCCCCUGACGCUGGACGGGCUGAGCAUGCUGAGCGACCCCUGCGCGCUGCUCACCGACCCCGCUGUCGAGGACUCCUUCCGCUCCGACCGCCUCCAGUGAGCCCGGGGGGGCCCCGGCCCCGCGCCCCCCCCGCCAUCCCCGCCCCCGGGGCCGUCCCCCGGCCCCGCCGCCCGCUGCGCUCCCGCUGAAACGCCGGGAAAGCUCCGGGAGAGCUCCGGGAGAGCUCCGGGAGAGGCGGGAACGGGCAUCCCAAACCCGGCUGGAGGGAGCUGCCACUGCCCCCAGCGAGCCCCCCCAGGCCCGCAAAAAUGGGUAGGGGGCUCUGUCCGGACCCUCCAAACUUGCUGUCAAGGGCUCCCAUCCGCUGAGCUCG